CUUAACGAUUUUGACAAGCCCCGAAACAUGUCUCCAAGGAAGCAUGUAGUUGAUAAUUAUCGCCUGAAAAGAAUUCGCGCAGGAAAGCUUUUGGGUACGCAAAGAUGGAAAUGGAGUUAUAGGGUAGUAGCUGUGCGCAAAUAA